AUGGCGAGAAAAGAACGGAUACAGGAUGUUGAUACAACUUCAAAGGCUUCGACAACAGAUGCUAUGAUGCUCAAACCAGUAACAAAAACUCAAAGCCUGUUUGUGCUCUCCUCGACAAACUUCCUAGAGAUUCGCGAUGAUAUUUGGCGACUCAUCCUUUUGAGACCGGUUGCUAUCGUCCCAAGGGUUCGCAAACGGGAGUACCUAUUUGCAACAGGGAGUCAAGCCGAAGGUCACAAGCAUUGUAGGUUUCAACGAAAAUAUAGUUACGGGUGGGCCCAGGCGCCUAUUCCAGAGACGUAUGUCGAUGGUAACACCAUUAUUCAAGAAAUUGCAUGGACUACAAACCCUACCCUGGAGGAACUCAAACUUAUUCAAAGUGGAGCCAAAAAAUUCACGAUUGAUGAUUUCUCGGAGCCUGGUCGGCAAAUUAAAUGUGCUGUACAUCAUCGAGACGGAUUUGGUCCUCAAAUCAUAAAGAAGACCGAAUUUCAAAUACACCCGUUUGGUCGUUCUGUCAGUAUCAUGCGAGUUUGCAAACAAAUGGAGCAAGAGUGCAUUGAUGCACCAGCUGAAGACCCAUGGGAUGUCCCUGGUUUUCCGCUGUUUGAGGAGUUACCCAGUAAGGCCACUAUUAGUAUCGCUAUUGAGAAACUUUUCGAUUUAGAAUGCUAUCAGCCAGCGUUCAUUGCAAAAGAUCCAUUUGUUCGUUUUAUGGCGUACAUUGGACGCAAUAACUCUUCACUACUGAGAGACAUUAAAUUUGAUGGAGGAUUUACGCUUACUCUCAAGACGCGUGGCGAAAGAAACCCGGCGCUCGGGUUUGGAGCAAUUCUGCCCAUGUAUACGCUCAUAAUAGCAGAGGUCUGUCCCAAACUACGCAAGCUCACCUUGCAUCAGCGCUCUCUCGCCUUUGACACCGACAAUAGAAGUGCCGAAAAGGAAAAAGAGAUGGGGUAUGACUACGGCAUGAUGUAUAGUAUCUUAGGUAAAGUGGUUUCUGGUCUACCAAAUCUCCAGCAACUUCAACUAGGCGCUUACUUCGAACAUCCAACUGGUCGUUAUCCAUCUGAUUGCUUUGCAGAUCAUAGAUACGAGUGGGGAAAGUCUAUUCAAUGGAUGAAGUCUGUCGACGAGCGAUAUGUCAACCAGCUAAAUACACCAUGUAAUAUACCAACCAACCUGUCGAAUACUGAUGUCAGGAAAGCCCAUGUUCCAGUCCGGAGUGUUAUUUAUAGUCGCCACAAAGAUUCGCUAGAACACGAACGUCCAGGUAGUUACGGUACUAGCACUUGCACCUGGACUGUCACCCGCUGCCCAUCCCAAACAAAUCCGGGCUCUGUUGGAAAAUCGCCAACGGAUAGUCAUCAUCGAAAGAUAGAUAUGGAUUACUGCCAGAAAAGCCUGAUGAUGUUUGGAAAUGUUCGGAUGCACAUGGUGGUGUCAGAUGGAAUCACGGACGAAUCCUGA